CCGGCCGCCAUUAUACUAGAAGAAGAAGAAAAUAGUGGAAGGAAGAAGGAUGUUUUAAAGUUUUAGAAAAAUGAUGAAAUGGGUCGUUUUCUUCUGCUCACGUUGUGUGUCUUCUUCAUACCUGAUUUCUUAAGUGUUCUUAUGGACAGAGUGACAGUAUCAGUGACAGAGGGAGAUUCAGUUACUCUGUACACUAAUGUUACAACAACACAACAAGAAGAGAUUUUAUGGUAUUUCAAUGACACCCGCAUCGCUCAAAUCACCGGAGAUCUCAGUAAGAUCUGUACAGAUGUUCAGUGUAAUGAAGGCACUGAGAGAUUCAGAGACAGACUGAAACUAGAGAAACAAACCGGAUCCCUGACGAUCAUGAACAUCAACACUACAGACACUGGACUUUAUCAACUGAAGAUCUUCAGUAGCAGCAGCUUCAGAGAAAAGACCUUCAGUGUUACUGUUCUUGAUUCUCCUGAUAAAGUGAAGAGAAUAUCAGCGAAGGAGGGAGAAUCUGUCACUUUUGAUCCUGGUGUCACACAAAACACAAAUUAUGUGAUGAGAUGGUAUUGUAAUGAGACUCUCAUCGCUGAGAUCACUGGAGAUCAGAGUAAGAUCUGUUCAGAUGAUGAGUGUAAAGAGAGAUUCAGAGACAGACUGAAGCUGGAUCAGACUGGAUCUCUGAUCAUCACGAACACCAGAACCACAGAUUCUGGAGAAUAUAAAGUAUUGAUCAUCAGCCACAUCCUCCAGAACAGCGUCAGCAUCACCAGUUUGAAAACAUUCAUUUUUACUGUCAUUGAUUCAGGUCUGUCUUCAGCUGCUGUAGCAGGAAUAUGUGUUGGUGUUGUUCUGUUGUUCGUGACUGCAGCUGUUGUGAUUUACUAUCUCAAGCGUCUUCAAGCAGGACAGAAUAACCCCACAUCACGAGCCAGUGUUCCGGUGAGAAAGUAUGAACACUUAAGUCUCCAGUCUAGGAUAAAGUCAUCUUGAACAUUAAGAAUAAUUUGGGACAAAUAUAAUGGCCGUUUCUCAAUAUGCAUUUUUUAGCGAUCUUGUGUUCUCCCUAUACGUCAUCAUUAACCGUUAAAGUUCAAUUCCAAUUCUCAAGAACACAAGUACACACGACUCAUGGAAGUGCCCAGAUGUGUUCUUGAUAUCGAGGAUACACCGAGUACAGACUUGAGAGAAUCCAUGGACAGUAAAAGAAAUGGACACAGUGACCCCAUUGGAUUCAACGGAGACAAGUGAAGUCAAUUAGAAGCACGCACUUCCUGGGGGUCGAGCGUACUGCGCAGACACAAACUGAACUUGAUGACGUAGAUGUCACUUGAGCAACCUGUAAGUCUUCUAAUCGCUGUGCCAAGAGAAAUCUGAAUCACCCACCGAAUCUUGCAGAUGUUGUUGGAUAAUUUUGUCCCUUUGGUUUUAUGGACUCUCUAUGGGCUUCUCCCUUGACUUCAUGCCUCCACGUCCCCCGAUAGCCUCAUAGACAGUAAAAGAUUGCCUGCGAGCUUCUCCUCAUGUCCAUACGGUAAUUUCUCUACUGUGCGACAGAGAGUCGCUGGUUAUGAUGCAAUCGUUAGCCUAUUUUACAAAAACUGCUUCUACAGUAGUGGUGGACGAUACUGCAAAAUUUGGUAUCAAAUACAUAUAGGGUCAGUAUUGCAGAUACAG